UCGCGCCCGCGGCUGCCCCGCGCUCGCCCCGCGCGCCGGGCAUGUGAGCGCGGGCGGCGCCGCCACCAUGGCCUCGCUGCGCGCCUCGCGGUGGCCGCCGCCGCCGCUCCUGCUGCUGCUGCUGCUGCUGCUACCGACGAUGGUCCCCGGCGGGACGCGGGGCCAGCCGGCCAGCCCCGUGCCUGGCACGCCCCUGACCGGCGCCUGGAUGCCUCAGACCCCCGAGGGCGGCCCUGAGUGGGGGCCAGAGCAUCGUGACGGGCCCACGCCCCCAGACCCCAGGCAAACUGCCCCGGGGCUGGGCGCCCCAACACGGCGGGGACACCCGGGUCUGGUCCCCCGAGGCCGGAGCACGGCAACUGUAAGGAACCACUGGCAGUCAAGCAGUACCGAACCCCAGCUAGAGAACCUUGCUGCUUCUCCGACGCAAGAGGACUUUGCAACAGUGGCUUCCAGGGAGGGGAUGAUGGGCCAGACCUCCAGACAGAGCCAGGCAGCUGCUUCCAGAGCACCUGAGAUCCUCACUCUUCUAACUGGAGCAGCAGAUGCUGAGGCAAGGACCGGCUCUUCCAGUGCAACAGAUUUCCCCACUUCUCCCGUGGGACACCUGCCUGACUCAGCAACAGCUCUGACAUCACAGAGUAGCACCUUCGCUUCGAAGGGGCUUUCCCUGCCGGCCAGCAGUGGUGGCAGCUCCGGGUCGGAAGGAAGCCUCGCCCCUUCUCGCCUGGAGAGCGGAACCUCGCAGGGUUCCACAGAGAGGGAGGGACGGCUCCCAGAAGCUGCCACUGUGCACAUCCCAGUGGCUGCUUCGGGGGUUUCCAGCCAGUCCUCCAGAGAAGGGACCGCACCCUCCCGACAGAGACCCUCCUCCUCGGGAGUAUUUGAUCCUGAAACUGGGAGUGGGUGGAGUCGACAGAGCAACAAACGGGAAAAAGGGCUCUCUUUUCAGAGCGGAAAGAAAGAUGUGAACACUGAAUUGUAUGAGAGUGGCGGCAAUUGA